AUGGCCGAGUGGUUAAGGCGAGAGAUUCGAAUCGGAGACAUCUCUUACGGUUCCCGCCAUAACUCCCCAGUGCCUUUAUGGUCGAGGUCCCCGAUCCAUGCGAAUGGCGUGGGACUCUCGAAGGUUUCUGCACCCGACGAGUUUGUCAAGGACCAGAUGGUGACCAAUUUGCAGGUCACCCGCUGGAAUCGCCCCUGUGUCUUUUACCUCGAAUCUAUUGGAAGGCUCUGCGGAAGAGGACACAUUGUGAAAUGGUCUGCUUCGUCCCUAUACGCUGGUGGUGCCAAUACGACUGUUUCUGCAGUAUACUUGCUUUCUCUAGCCAUGACACUUUUUCCUGAUGUGCAGAAGAAAGCUCAGGCUGAAAUAGAUGCGAACGUCAGUAUUGGCCGUCUUCCCUCCGUCACUGACCGCGACUCUCUCCCAUAUACUGACGCUCUUGUCAAAGAAGUCGUGCGCUGGAACGUUGUUCUUCCCAUCAACAUGUUCAUGCUCAACGAUCCAAGGACAUAUGCUGACCCCUCGCAAUCCAAUCCUGAACGCUUCUUGGCUAGGGAUAGAAAGGAACCUGAGAAGAGCCGCACAAUGUACUUCGGCUUCGAUAGACGCUUUUUGCUCCGCAGUAUUUGCCCAGGUCUCCACCUUGCUGAUGCUUCCAUUUGGAUAUCCACUGCGAUGUCACUGGCCGUGUUCGAUAUUUCCAAGGUUGUCGAGAACGGUGUUGAGAUCACCCCCGAGGUAGAACCAUUACCAGGUGCGGUCAGGUUUGAAUUGACACACCCCAAACCUUUCAAGUGUUCUAUCAAGCCUCGCUCUGCAGCUGCCCUUGGGCUCAUGGAACAGGAUGCCAACUACUAAGCUCACGAUAGUGAGACAGUAGAAAUACGCGUGAAUGACACACUGCGCAUCGUCGUAAUUUGUAUGUUACACUCAGGAAUCUUUUACUUCCGCGGAACUUUUGUGGACGCUACGCGCAACGACUCAUGAGACUACGUACUCAUAAUAUCGACCUCGAUAUUCCACAUUAGUUAAUCCUGCAGCCGCCUGAUAUUUGCAUGUUCAGGUCGCCUAAAUGCCCUGAUCCUGACGCCAAGUUUAAAACUUUAGUGGAUGACAUAUAGUAGCCGGUAUUUAGUAACACC